AUGUAUAGCUGUAUCAGCUUUUUAUAUAGAAUCAAAGUGCUGCGAAUACUGACGGCAAAUGCCCUUUACAAGCUGGCUGGCACACACAAGCUCCCACUGCUAGCCCCCGGCCUGCCGCCGCUAGAUGCGGACACUCACUUGCGCCCCAGCCGCCGCCACCACCGUGCGCGACCCUCCUCGCACGCAUCGUCUGUCCCACGUCGGCGCAACGGCCGACCCCAGGCCUGCGAGCCAUGCCGGGGCCGCAAGGUCGGCUGCGACCACCAGCUGCCGUACUGCUCGCGCUGCCGAAAGGGUCGGAUAGAGCACAACCGCGAGCACACGUCGUCCACCCUGCCAUCUCCAGACCGGCCCGCUGCUGCGGCGAGCAUCGCCAGCCCCAGGAUCGCGCAGCGCCGGGACCAUCAUGCGUCCGUGGACACGCGCCCGUCAGAAAGCGUCAGGUACGAGGCGAUGGGGUACAUGGGCGCGACGGGCUUCUCGACCGACCUGGAGGAGGCGCAGCGUCGCCUCAUGUCCAUGCCCGGGGCCGCCGAAGGGCACGUCAGUUCGAAGCCGGCCAGAGACGCGCCGUCGCCCUCGCUGCGGGACUUUGAUCCGCCGGCCGCCGCCAUCAAUGUGCUGCGCAACAUCCCGGACCGCGCGUCGAGCUACUAUCUGUUUGAGACGUAUCGGAACAUUCACGACGCCUGGUGUCGGCUGUCCGCACGGUGGCUGCUGCACUCGCUGUGGGAGACGUUUGGUGACAUUCUCGACGGGGACAGAAGCGACGAGUCGCUCUCGGUCAUGGCGAAAAAACUGUGCCUCAACACCGCUUCCGUGCUGCGAGAGGAUCACACGGACCCAAAGGAAUGGUUCAAGGAGUUUUCUGGACACAAUAUGCGCUGGGAAUGCAUCGGCAUCCUCUUUGCCUACUGGAGCUCUGGGCUGCUCAGCCUGCCGCGGGAGACGUUCAAAGGCAGCUGCAAAGCGCUGAAUGACAUGGAUAGGAGGACUGCUCUCGACUUUUACAAGGAGUUGGUCGCUGACUGCGCCAAUCUCUGCUGGAAUGCAGGUUACGGAAAUACGCUGCUCUGCUUUCUGCUAUUCAAGAGGAGCCUCUUGCAGUCCAAUAUCGCUGGAGACGGCGAUAUUCGUCACUUUCGGCUUCAUGGAGACCUCGUUGCACUGACAACGUACUUGGGCCUGCACACCUCUAGCGCCGCGUUUGGCGAUCGCUCAGUGUGCGUGCAAAUCAGGCGACGCCUUUUUGCUGGCGUCUUCAACAUUGACAAGCUCAUUGCCAUCUUCACCGGCCGCCCGCCUCUGCUCAGCCGGCGCUUCAUCUGCCAGGAGGAACCGCUCGACAUUUCCGACGAGGAGCUGCUGCAGGUGCCGCCCCGGCGCGGCACCGCAUACCCCGAGAUCAGCAGCGCGGGGUGGAGUUUCGAAAACAAGAUCCUCCCCGUCUCGCCCCUCCGCGCCCGGAUGAUGAUGGCCUACACGCGCGACUCGAUCCUGGAGAUUGCGCUGCGGAACACGCUGAUGGCCUGCGAGGACCCGCUGCUCGAGCUCAAGCAGCAGGCCACCAAGCUGUACGACGAGUUCCCGUCGUGCCUGAAGCACGCGGCCGACGACCUGCAGAAUCCAGCGCUGGACCACGUCCAGGUCUACACGAGGCUGCACAUGACGCUGGAGCAUCUGCACAACGUCUUCUUCAUCGAGCGCUUGCUGUCCAAGCUCAAAGAAGGCGUGACGGCGGAGCUCGUGAGGAUCAGCCUCGAGAUCAUCGAGCUGUCCCUGAUCCCCUUUACGAAUCGGCAGCUGACGACGGGUGUCAUGUGCGACAUUGACUGGCUGCUCAUGGCGUACGGCGCGCCGGCCGGCGGCGUCUUGUGCAUGGAGCUGCUCCGGCCGGCGGCGGCGUCGUCCGGCGCCUCUGGCGUCAAGAAGUCGACCAUGAUCCAGUCCCUGAGCAUGCUGGUGGGAUGCCUCAAUGCCGUGCCUCCGGAUGCGCCAAAUUACGGCGUGAGCGCCACGCUCAAGAAGAUCAUAGAGCAGGUGCUGGACCGUGUGCUGGAUCCGCCGGCGGAGGAGACGGGCCAAGAGUUUUCUGUGCAGGGCUGGGAAACCGAUUUCCUCGUCGAUGCCGCUGAUCUCUUCAACUCGGAUCUUUUGGAUACAUUUGACUGGUUUCGGCCAUAG